CUCUUCGUUGAUUCUCCGAAACCCUUCAUCUUGGUAUCUGCUGGCCAGUACCGUCCAUUCGCUUUCCGCCGCUCCGCUCCUUUUGUCAUUCGUUUACAUAUUAGUGUCUUCACUGCAGUCUUAAUUAUAAUACCCGGACAAUUAAAACUAGAGCGUAACCCUAUUCUCAUAUUCACAUAUUCAGAGUAGUGUGUCUUGAGCGGCAUAGGUUUCUAACGCAUUAAUGGAUUCUCCUGACGACACACUUCCUGAUGCCAUUGUCAGGAGCCCUCAAGAUCCAGCGCCCCUUGCUCCAGCUCCUCAUGAUCUAGCUCGCCCAAUCCGGUUCUCCCUGAUCAAUGUUUCAGAACAAGCGCGUGCGUUCAUAGGAAACUUCUCAGGAGAUAUCAUCAAUAUCAUCAACAAACCGAGGGAGUUGAAGAGGAAGAAGGAGGCCAUCGCGAUCGUGGUUCUCGUAGUCUCAGUUGGGGUGAUAGUCGCCAUAUUGUUCGGUGCUCAGGUUUUACCAUCCCACACGCCUACAUCAGAAGAGCAAUCCAUGUCAACGAUGUCGUUAUGGUACACAGCCACCGUCCACGAUGCUCCUGUACCAACGUCUGGAUCAGCCUAUGUCUCGGUCUCUGCGCUUUCACGUUCCUCGCUCGACUCAAGUCAGAAAGACCUCGAGUCGUCAAGAGAUACAAACAAGAUAACCAUCCUCGGACCACCCGCGUUCGUUUCGGCUCAAACUACAUUCGCUCCUGGAUCAGAAACCCAGCAACCCGAAAUAUCCUCGACUCUGCCGUCAACAAAGGAAACAGUAUUCGCCGCUGCAGUGACCUCGUUCUCACCUUCUCUGACUAGCUCAGAUCCUCCACGAACAACGAGUAUUCUGUUCGGCGCUACUGGGCCUGUCAAAACCUACCUCUGGAAUGGUACCACGACCUUGUGUACUCGCUGGUCCGGUUUAGGUUGUCCCGGCGAUCAAUGCUACAGCAACACCUGUCUUGACCCUUUGCCAUGCUGGGAAGGGCGUUGCUGCACCAGCGGCUGUGCUGAGGGGUGGGAAUGCACUAGGACAUGUGUUUCUGCAAUGUCGUGCGUCACUACGACUGGCGAUAGUACCGGGACAUGCAGAUAUACUGCUUAAAGGAAGACGGUUGCUGUAGCCGGUCUAGGGAG